CUUGAGUAGUAUAUGUAUAUGUAUAUGUAUAUGUGCAUGUUUGUGUGUAGCAGCCAAAGCAGAAACGCAGAAAAUUAAGGCGCAGCAGCAGCGACGAAAACACACGAGUUUUUUUUCUGACAGAAACUCUGUGAAAUUCUGUGUGUGAUUUUCGCAUAGAAACCGUCGUGUGUGGAAAAAUCAAUUUGGUAAAUAAAUUGUUGUAAAAAGAGGCGGAGGAGCAGCAGCAGCAGCAACAUGGAUAGUGCCGGUAAAAAUCGUUAUGAACUUUUGUUCAUGGAAGACGAUGUUAGCGAUCCAUUAGAUAAUCUUGUCGCGGCCAAGAAGAAGCAGCAGCCAGCGACGGUCGCCGCAGCAGCGGCAGCGACCACAAAAACGGCGCCAACUGCAAAGGUACCAAAAGCGGCAGCAGCAGCCACAACCACGAAGAAGCCAAAUCAAGCCGAAAAGGAAAACAAACCAGGUGCGCUCAACAAGAAUGAUGGCAAGAAAAAUAGUGCAACUGGCGGUGGCAACAACAAUGACAAAUUCAACAACAACAAGCAAGGUGGGGCUGCUGUCGCUGCGCGCAAUGCUGGCGGAGCCGCUGCUGGCAAAACACGUGAAACUGGUCAAGGGCAGCAGCAGCAGCAACAACAACAACGCAAUGUCAAUUUUCGUCAACAGAACGUUGGCGGCGGUAGCAGCGGUGGGGAGGUAACGCGCGAGCAGCGCAACAAUCGCCGCAACGUGCGCGAAAAUGGCGCUCCAGGUGGCAACUCUGGCAACGCUGCCGAUGGCAAUCCUCGACCAUAUCGCAACACAGGCGGCAGCGGCGGCGGCUUUGGCAAUAACGGUGAUCGUCCACCGCGUCAGAAUCGCAAUUUUGAGGGAGGCAAUCGCAAACGUGAAUUUGAUCGUCAAUCUGGCUCAGACAAAACUGGUGUUAAGGCUGUUGACAAACGCGACGGAGCUGGCGCCCACAACUGGGGAUCCGUUAAGGAGGCCAUCGAUGAUGUGAACAAGAGCAGCGAGGCCGGCGGUGGCGAGACAAAUGCGACUAACAACAACAAUACUACUACUACUGAGGGUGGCAACAAGGCCGACGAAUCUGGAAAUGAGCAAUCGGGCGAGCAGCAGCCACCGGCAGAGGAGGAGACCAAAGAGCUGACCCUGGAUGAAUGGAAAGCGCAGCAGCAACAGCGCAUUAAGCCCAAGUUCAACAUACGCAAAGCGGGCGAAGGCGAGGACACAUCGCAAUGGAAGAAAAUGAUUGUGCUGAACAACACCAAGAAGAAGGAGAACGAAAGCGAAGAGGAACUUGAAUACGAUCCUGCCAUGUAUCCGCAGCGCGUUGGCCGCCAGCAGCGCGUCCUUGACAUUCAAUUCAAUUUCAAUGAUGGUCGUCGCGGCGGCGGUGGUGGUUUCGGUGGACGCGGACGUGGCGGACCCCGUGGUGGUGGUGGCGGACCACGCAACGAGGGCAAUCGCGGACAACAAGGUGGUGGACAACAAGGCGGCGGCGGCAGCGGUGGUGGCGCCACCCAUGCCAAUGCCGAAGGUGGCAGCAAUGCUGUUGGCGGCGGUGGACCAUCCGUUCGUGCCGAGGGCGGCAAUCGGCCGCCAAUUGAGCGUCGUGGAAUGGGCGGUGGCAUCGGUGGUGGACAUGCUGGCAAGCGUUUUGGCAAUGAGCGGCAACAGAAUGCUGCACCCAAGGUCAACGAUGAACGCCAAUUCCCCACGCUCGCCUAAGCAGACAGAGGAAAAAGGAUAGAUGGGGGAGAAGGGAUGAGGAGGGGCGCUUCGCUGCUGCUGCUGUUUGUUGCAGGCGCCGGGAAGUGCAUUCAAUUUUAGAGUUUGGUGUCUGUAUUAGAAGAGGAAUCAGGUUACCAAUAUCACCCACACACAAGCAUACUCACACCCACACAUCAAUUGAGAACUGUAAGCGGUUGCAGCGCAGCCAAAGCCAAAAGCAACAAAAACAAAAUUCAACAACAAUAACAGACAACAUUAAAAAAAAAAGCAGAUGGCAAAUGAGAAAAUAAUAAUUAUAAACAUACAUAUAAUAAAUAAUAUUAAAAAAAGAUAACGAGAGAAAAACAAAAAAAAACCAAACUGUAAAUCUAAGCAAAGCAAUUUAGAGCAAAAAACAUAAAAGAAAAAAAACUGAAGAGCAAAGUUUCUAUUUCUAAAAAAUAACACAUUGUAAAAAUUUGUUGGUUCUCUCUUUUAAUUUCUUCCUUCAUUUACUAUCUUAACAAGUCAAUCAAGUCAUUUAAAAUCACACACAUAUACAAAUAUAUAUGUACAUAUACAUAUAAACAUAAAAAAAUUACAGUCCGCUAGUGACAAAAUGAGAUAUCAGAAAUAUAAAAUCAAAAAAAAAACAUCACGAACUGUGGCCUGAGUUUCUCAUUUAUGGAGGCAGUUUUUAAAAGAGCAUUUUCAUUAACUACACACACUCACACACACACGCAUACUAAACUUACAUAUAUUUUUGUUGAACAUUUUUAUAUGCAUAGCCUCAUAUAAAAAUUGAUUUUUUUUAAUUUUUACUGUGUUACAAUUGUAUUUUAAAAAUUAAUAAAUGAACAAAAGGAAAAAACAACAAAAAAAAUGUAUACACAAAGGCAAAAAACUCAGUAGAGAAGAAAAAUACAAAAGGAAUAUUAAGUGUUGAAAUCUUGUAAUUGUGUUUCUUACAAAAAAAAAAACUAUAUAUAUAUAAUAAAUAUAUAUACAUAUAUCGCUUUGAUGCAAACUCUAUUACAUUAAUUAUAAAGCAAAUUAUGUGCAUCAUUUAUAAUAAAUUUAAUCGCAACACACACACACAAACACACACACACACUGAAAAAGAAACAAUUUAAAUUUAAGCCUUAUUAAAAAAGAGAAAUAAAAAAUUUAAAUUAACUAUUGGAGCAAAAAUAUAUAUAUGAAAACCUUAAUAAGUAGAGUUAUACAAACACACACACACAGGCGCGACUUAUGAUAAAAUCAGUUGGGAAAAUAGCUUACAAAAAAUACAAACGAGAAAUAUUCAGCAGUAAUUCAAGAAAACCAAAAUCCUGUAAGACCUGUAAAAUUAAAUGCUUUUACAAUUAAAUAUGUAUAUUAUAUACAAACAUACAUAAGUAUGAGUAAAAACGUUGGUAUUGAUGAACAAACAAAACUUAUAUGAAAUGGCAAAAAAAAUUUUACGACUAAACACUUAGAAAAGAACAAAUCCAAAAACAAAACAAACGGGAUAAAAAAAAAAAACAAAUACAAGAUACAUUUUUUGACUAAUAUUGUAUUGUAUUUUGACCCCAAAGAAUGGAACAAAACAAACCCAAUUCAACAAAACGUUGGGCAAAAAAUCGUUUAAAACAAGGAAAAAAAAUAUUUAAAAUAAAA